AUGCCUCUAAAGUUGAGUCCUUACUCUCUCCGUACACUUGGAAGACAUUGCUACCACUCUAGCCAGUCAGAUUUUGCCGGUGCUACCAGGUUGCAGAAAGGAGUGGGAUUCGGAUGGCGACCAGUGUGACAAUUGAUAGUGAGGCGUCCGCGGCGUCCGCGGUGAAGCUGGAGAAUCCUUAUCAGAUAGUGAGGCAGCUGGCUUCUAGCAAUGCGGUUGUGUUGUUCAGCAUGAGUGGGUGCUGUAUGUGCACUGUGGCCAAGCGGCUUCUCUUCAGUCUUGGAGUUGGUCCUACCAUCAUUGAGCUGGAUCACCAUGAUGCCGGAGCUGAUAUCCAGGCGGUCCUGUUCCAGCUCGCGGCGGAGGGCCAGCAGCACGUUCCGGCAGUUUUUGUUGGGGGCAAGUUCCUUGGUGGGAUUGAAACUCUCAUGGCUUGCCACAUCAAUGGGACACUGGUGCCUCUCCUUAAAGAAGCCGGUGCACUUUGGCUGUAACUCAGAUGGGGAUAUCACCGGAAUAUUGUCAAUCAAAGAUCAUGCACUAAUCAAUUAACAUCUUUACUUUUAGGUUUAGUUUUGCUUUCUAAAAAAAAAAAAAAAGUAUUGCUUCAGCUUUCUUUUCUACAGUCUUAUCUGUUACAAUCUGAUACAUAGGGUGUGGCUGUACAGGGUAGUACUGGGUGACGACUUUGGGUGACUGAAGCUUUGUUAAUUUUCUUUGCUUUUGGCUGUUUAGUACCUGUUCUAACUAUAAAUCAAUAGAAUAUUA